GUCCCUGUCCUACUGUCCCCAUUUAUUUGUACCCAUUUCCUGUGUUCUUAUUCGUAUUUAUUCUUAUUCGUGUUAUCUUGUACUACAUGAAUGACAAACUAACUUAACUAAAUAUUUUCCGCGUGCUUCGUCUGCAAGCUCCCGUCUGCGGCGCCAGGACGCCACAAUGCAGAGAACCGAGAAUUUCCAGAGAGAAUGGCUUCUUUUGGGCUCCGCGCAAACCUUAGGCCAGCGUGGCGAUAGCGACCGCAGCUACCUGCACCCGAGGAAAAGGAGCAGGUGUUCCCAACCUUUCCCCGCCAACUAUAGCUUUGCCUGCCUUCCCCUUUCCUUUCCCGCCGCUUUGCAACGCCUCGAACUCUGCGCUCCUUGCAGGUCUGCCCAGGAUUUUCUGGUUCGGUUGUAAAGUAAGCCAGGCAAGUCCAGAGGGUUUUGCUGGGCAUGCUCGAACUCCACCCGCCGCGCCGGAGGAGGGACUAGCUCCGCAGAAGCGGAGAGCAGAAGGAUGCGUGCGGGUGCCGCUCUGGGUUGGCUCCUACGGCUGUCUUGGGCAGCUCAGCAGGGCAGCGUUUCCGGCAGGGGAAAGGCAGCCACGCGGCUUCUGCAAGCCCGGCCGCUGAGUUGCCGCGGAUAUCCACGCGGAUUCAUGGCUCAGGCUCAGUACGACACGGAGCAAAGGGGGCGGCUGCAUUCGGCCGAGUUUCGCCUCUAUUUUAAGAACUCAAAGGGAAAAUAUAUUUCUCCAUUCCAUGACAUCCCUCUAUUUGUUGACCCAAAUGAGGAUGAGGAGGUUCCUUCAAAACGGUCAAAGAACAAUGGAAAUGAGGUUGUUUUUAAUAUGAUUGUAGAAGUGCCUCGAUGGACAAAUGCUAAAAUGGAGAUUGCCACCAAGGAACCAAUGAAUCCUAUUAAGCAAGAUGUAAAGAAAGGCAAGCUGCGAUAUGUAGCAAACAUUUUUCCCCAUAAAGGCUACAUUUGGAACUAUGGGGCCCUCCCACAGACUUGGGAAGAUCCAGGGCAUACAGAUGAUAAUACAGGAUGCUGUGGUGACAAUGAUCCUAUUGAUGUUUGUGAAAUUGGUGCCCAGGUUCGGACACUUGGUGAAGUUGUUAAGGUGAAGGCCCUUGGAAUUAUCGGUCUUAUUGAUGAAGGAGAAACUGACUGGAAGGUCAUAGCUAUCAGUGUGGAUGACCCCCAUGCUCAGAAAAUCCAUGAUAUUGAUGAUGUCAGGAAGUUUUUCCCGGGUUACCUUGAAGCUACUGUUGACUGGCUCAGAAGAUAUAAAGUCCCAGAUGGGAAGCCGGAAAAUAAGUUUGCUUUUAAUAGCACAUUUAAAGACAAGGCAUUUGCUUUAGACAUAAUCAAGUCCACCCACGAGUGCUGGAAAGCUUUGGUUCACAAAAAGGCUGAUGGAGGAGCCAUAAAAUGCACCAACCUUCUGGUGGGCACUAGCCCAUACUGUUGCAACGAAGAAGACAUCCAAUCAAUUGUGCAAUCUGCUCCACCACUCGUGGAAGAGCCUUCUGUUUCCAAAGAAGUUGAUAGAUGGCAUUUUCUUGGACAGUGAACAUUACUGUUGUCUGAAAUCAUGCUACAAGAUUGUACAGUAUACCAUUUGGCACAUGUGUGCACACACUUCACUGAAGAAAUGGAAAUGAAGCCACCAAUGACUGGAAUCUAUUGCACUGUAGAUUUUCUGUCCUGUAAAUAAAAUGGAUUUUUACAAUUUUC